CUUUUAAAAAAAAUCUUAAAAAACAAAUCUUUGAUGCUUGUUCCAUAUUUUCCCAUUGAUACCAAUCUGUUGUUUUGUGGCAGAAGGAAAAUCGAAGCUAUGCAGGAGGUGAAAGAAGCGAAACGCGGUGGUGGAGCCACCAUGCAACAAAGUGGAAGUGUGAGACUAAAGGAGAAGACGGUGAAGGACAUGAUGGUGGACAGGAAGAGGCUGGUGGAGGUGCCGUACACGGCGUCGCUGGCCCAAACAAUGAAUACUCUGGUCGCGAACAAGAUUGUGGCGGUGCCGGUGGCUGCGCCGCCCGGGCAGUGGAUCGGAGCCGGAGGGUCUAUGAUCGUAGAGUCCGAUAAGCAAACCGGUGCCGUAAGGAAACAUUAUAUAGGAAUGGUGACCAUGCUUGAUAUUGUCGCCCACAUAGCUGGUGAUGACCACUUGAGUGGUGGUGAUAAUAUUACCCAAGACCUUGAUCAAAGGAUGUCUGACCCUGUUUCCUCCAUCAUUGGUCACUCCUUUGAAGGCCUUAGCUUGUGGACUCUCAAUCCUAAUACCAGUAUGUUAGACUGUAUGGAAGUGUUCAGCAAAGGGGUGCAUCGUGCUAUGGUACCGGUUGAUGGCCAGGAAGAGAACGUGGCAUCUGGGGCGGAGCUUGCAGAGUCUGCUUCUAGCUACCAAAUACUGACUCAGAUGGAUAUGCUCAAGUUCUUGCAUGGUCGUGCUGCUGAACUACACAGCAUUUUAUCACGUUCUGUUCAGGAUUUGGGGGCUGACACUGUACAGAUUUAUGCCAUCACUGAUCGCACAAAACUUGGUUAUGCCAUAAAGUGCUUAAAGGCAGCUAUGUUAAACGCUGUUCCUAUUGUUAGAGCUAGUGAUGUCGGUCAAGAUGAUCACAAGCAGCUUAUAAAUGGAAGAUGCAGGAAGCUUAUUGGUACAUUUUCUGCAACUGAUUUGAGGGGAUGCCACAUAACCUCGCUGAAAUCAUGGUUGGGAAUAAGUGCAUUAGCAUUCACUGAAGAAGUUGAAUCCAGUCCAUUGUACAGUGAGUCAGACAUGCAGAAUAGAGGGUCCUCCAGAAGGGAGCUUGUGACCUGCUAUGCUGAAUCACCUUUGUCUGAGGUAAUUGAGAAGGCAGUGACUAAUCAUGUUCAUCGAGUUUGGGUGGUUGAUCAAGAGGGUUUGCUCGUGGGGGUUGUGUCCCUUACAGAUGUAAUUAGAGUUAUAAGGCAUUCUCUGCUAUCAGAUUCGAAUGAUCAGUGACUCUGCAACAAAACUGUGUCAAGUUGAAGUAUUGCUCAAUCAAAAACACUGUCAUGAGGAUUGAGCAAUUUUGUACUAAUUAGACUUCUUUAAGUUUUGAAAGGGUGUUUGGUUAGUCUGCAUACUAAAUUUGAGAGAAUUCUGGUGUGAAAGAAGAAUAUUUCAGGAAAUUCAUUGAGAAAAUAUUAGAGUUUGAA